AUGGCGGUCGUGCUGCUGCUGCGCGCCCUGCGCCAGGGCCCGGGGCCAGGUCCGGGGCGGCUGUGGGGCCCGGGCUCGGGCUGGAGCCCCGGCCUCUGCGCCGGGGCCGGGAGGAGGUGGCCGCACUGGGUCCUCCGGCCUCCGGUGGACCUCGCUGGGGCUGGAGGCCGAGCCCUACAGAGCUUGCGAUGGCAACUGCUAACCCCUACCUUUAAAGGGAUCAGCGGAUUGUUAUUGAAACAACAUCUGGUUCAGAAUCCAGUCAUACUCUGGCAACUGUUAGGGACCCCGAGUGACACUCCGUCUCAACAACAACAACAACAAAAAAAAAAAAAGGAAAAAAAAAAAGGAAAAGCUUGGGAGGAGGAGGAGGAGGAGAGGAGACGCAGGGAGCGCGAGGACCAGAUGUACCGCGAGCGGCUGCGCACCCUGUUCAUCAUCGCCGUCAUCAUGAGCCUGCUGAACUCACUCAACACCAGCGGGGGCAACAUCUCCUGGAACGACUUCGUCAACGAGAUGCUGGCCAAGGGCGAGGUGCAGCGGGUGCAGGUGGUGCCCGAGAGCGACGUGGUGGAAGUCUACCUGCACCCCGGGGCCGUGGUGUUCGGGCGGCCUAGGCUGGCCUUGAUGUACCGAAUGCAGGUCGCAAAUAUCGACAAAUUUGAAGAGAAGCUUCGAGCAGCUGAAGACGAGCUGAACAUCGAUGGCAAGGACAGGAUCCCGGUUUCCUACAAGCGCACGGGAUUCUUUGGGAAUGCACUCUACGCCCUGGGGAUGACGGCAGUGGGCCUGGCCAUCCUGUGGUAUGUUUUCCGUCUGACUGGCAUGACCGGAAGGGAAGGCGGAUUCAGUGCUUUUAAUCAGCUCAGAAUGGCUCGUUUCACGAUUGUGGAUGGGAAGACGGGCAAAGGAGUCAGUUUCAAAGACGUGGCAGGGAUGCAUGAAGCCAAAUUGGAAGUCCGGGAGUUUGUGGAUUAUCUGAAGAGCCCGGAGCGCUUCCUGCAGCUUGGCGCCAAGGUUCCGAAGGGUGCGCUGCUGCUUGGACCCCCCGGCUGUGGGAAGACGCUGCUGGCCAAGGCAGUGGCCACAGAGGCCCAGGUGCCCUUCUUGGCAAUGGCCGGCCCGGAGUUCGUGGAGGUCAUCGGAGGCCUUGGUGCUGCUCGUGUGCGGAGCCUCUUCAAGGAGGCGCGGGCCCGGGCCCCCUGCAUCGUGUACAUCGACGAGAUCGACGCCGUGGGCAAGAGGCGCGCCACCGCCGUGUCCGGCUUCUCCAACACGGAGGAGGAGCAGACGCUCAACCAGCUUCUGGUGGAGAUGGACGGCAUGGGCACCACAGACCACGUCAUCGUCCUGGCAUCCACCAAUCGAGCCGACAUUUUGGACAACGCUCUGAUGAGGCCAGGCCGGCUUGACCGACACGUCUUCAUUGACCUUCCCACCCUGCAGGAGAGGCGUGAGAUUUUCGAGCAGCACCUGAAGAGCCUGAAGCUGACCCAGGCCAGCACCUUCUACUCCCAGCGUCUGGCGGAGCUGACGCCUGGAUUCAGUGGUGCUGAUAUCGCCAACAUCUGUAACGAGGCCGCGCUCCAUGCCGCGAGGGAGGGGCACACGUCCGUCCACACCUUCAACUUCGAGUACGCCGUGGAGCGUGUCAUUGCCGGGACUGCCAAAAAGAGCAAGAUCUUGUCCAAGGAAGAACAGAAGGUGGUCGCGUUCCAUGAGUCGGGCCACGCCCUGGUGGGCUGGCUUCUGGAGCACACGGAGGCUGUGAUGAAGGUCUCCAUCGCGCCGCGGACUAACGCCGCUCUGGGCUUUGCUCAGAUGCUCCCCAGGGACCAGUAUCUCUUCACCAGGGAGCAGCUGUUUGAGCGGAUGUGCAUGGCCCUGGGUGGCCGCGCCUCAGAGGCCAUCUCCUUCAACAAGGUCACUUCCGGGGCCCAGGACGACCUGAGGAAAGUCACCCGCAUCGCCUACUCCAUGGUGAAGCAGUUCGGGAUGGCACCUGGCGUCGGGCCCAUCUCCUUCCCAGAGGCACAGGAGGGCCCUGCAGGCAUCGGGCGGCGCCCCUUCAGCCAGGGCCUGCAGCAGAUGAUGGAUCACGAAGCGAGACUGCUGGUGGCCAAGGCCUACAGACACACCGAGCGGGUGCUGCUGGACAACCUGGACAAGCUGCAGGCGCUGGCCAACGCCCUUCUGGAGAAGGAGGUGAUCAACUACGAGGACAUCGAGGCCCUCAUUGGCCCACCACCGCACGGGCCUAAGAAGCUGAUCGCCCCACAGAGGUGGGUUGAUGCCCAGAGAGAGAAACAAGACCCUGGGGAGGAAGCAGAGGCCCAGCAGCCCCUGCAAGGGGAGGAGCCGUCCUGGCCCAAGUAGGGGCUCCCUGACUGCACAUGUGGGCCACCAGGACCCGAGCUCACUCAGCUGCUCCUGGGUUUAUUUUCAGCUAAGAUUUGUGCCUCCUCUUUUAGCUCUCAACGGUGUACGCUGAAGGGCUCCAGGGUUGAUCUCCAUAUACGUGAUUAGUUAAUUUCUUUGCAGAAAUGGCUGAUUAAACUUUGCACGUGUGUAGUUUUCCCCUGUGGGGAAGGGCAUCAGUGCUUGUCACAGGUGUGCACAGGGCACUCUGUUCCCAGCAUGGUGGAGUGGGCCCCGAGGCUGCACAGCAUUCAGAGCCUGAACAGACCCUGCUCGUGCCAAGGCUCCCGAACAGCCCGUCCCAGCUCCCAUGGCUCCCUCAGAAUGCCAGCAGGAUCGAGAUGGGAGGACCCUCCAAGCCACUCGUCCUCUUGUCCACUGGCUGUCACUGUGCCGACUCAUCAGUGAGGUCACAGAGUUAGGACCAGGCCCUGGGCUCUGGGGGAUUCAAACACUGCCACCUACCAGUAUGUGGACAGGCUCGAUUUGAAAACCUCUCCUUACUGUCUAGUUGGGACACCUUCGUUUUUACUGCUCUGAGAAUUGUC